GCUAAACACGGUAAAAUUGAACCAAGAACAUGUACCGAAAGCUGUCGAAGCUGUUAUCUUCCGCAUGCACCGCAUGUACAGAGGAAAAAAUAUUGCCCGAUUAGUUAUAUACUGGUUAUUAAUAGCUAUACGUGAUACGGUUCUAUCCUGUACUGUCACGAGAUCAGUGUUUGUUCCGACGCUUGUCAGACAUCGAAUACUGACUCAAACUCGCGAUAAUAUCGCGCUUGAACAUUGUAGGUCAAUAUUGGCAAUCGCUUGUUUUAUGAUACAGUCGCAUUUGUCAGACGUAAUUAAUUUCCUAUCGGAUGUCGACUCGUAAGACUUUAGAAAGAACGGUAAAUAAACGGAAACGAAAAAGAAUGCCACGACAUAUAUUUUUUUUUAUCAAAUGAUCCUCCUCUUAUACAAACUUCGUAAUCCUUGUUAUUGGUAAUUGUACAUAUUAUGAGUAUAAUUGUUGUUCUCGAUUCGUUUCGCGCUUGCGAAAGAAUCGUAAAACAAACGAGAGAAAGAAGAGAUGGUACGUUGGCGUUUAUUAUUUCUCACUAGAAGUGUGCAAGUACAUUGCCAUCCAGAAGUAUACGGACAGUUUCAAAUUAUUGCAAAUAUAUAAAAUUUACGUUAAUUUAUUUUUUUUACUAGAACUUAUUCUAAACUCUUCAAUCAAAUUUUGAUCUAUGACCUUAUCUCAGAUAACCAUAUACAGUUAGUAGAUAUUGAUUAAAACGAUAGAAAAUAUUAAACAGUAUAAAUAAAGGAGCGAUAAUCGAAAGUGGAUGAAAAUUGUUCCUGCAGAGACGUCUAUUUAGUUUAGUUUUUGUGACUUUAAAAUUCAAUGUUGGAAUCGAUUGAAACAUGUUUGUAGCUACGUUCUAAAAGUUUAUGUAGAUUUUACGAGGUAUCAAAGAUUCGUUACGGAUGAACUAAAUCGAUACAGAUACAUUCCUUGUCUGAAUUUAAAUUUAGCAGAACAUUUGAUCCCAGUUAUGACAAAAGGCAAAGAAUUAACAGUUGGGAGACGUUCUUUAAUAACAGAUUUACCACUCGACAGUAACGUGCAUCUCCUCAGAUACAUCGUUUCACGAUCAGAUUAUUGUGAUAUAUGUUGUUUGCAGUUUCUCAUUUGAUUUAGCGUGGUGGCGCCGUAAUAAACGAUGCCCCUCAUUAUCAGAUACGAGUUCUUCAGUUACGCUACAGCAUUUAUUCUAAAUCCCACCGACAUAUGUAUCAAUUAUAUACAAAAACAUCCCGAGUAAAUAAGCAGUACACAUCACCCCUACUCUUUCUUGUUCUCCUGAUAUAAAUGUAAGACAGCCUCUGAAAUUAAACACAGUGGCAAGAGAUUCUUUUCUUCGAACGAUUCCACGAAUCUAAAUUAACUUCGGUACUAUAAUUCGAAAUCUUUAAAAUGCAGCCGAUCACAAGAUCACGAAUCUUCGGUUUAACGAAAGAAGUAGAGCUGAAGAGAUUCUUGAGUUCGCAAGAGUUGAUUGAUCGUGAUAAUAUGUAUGGUGGUAGACAUUUUAAGCCACUUCCGGUAGUUCUUGCAAGAGGCGAAGGCGUUUAUUUGUGGGACGUCGAAGGGAAACGAUAUCUCGAUUUUUUGGCGGGUUUCUCAACAGUGAAUCAAGGUCAUUGUCAUCCACGUUUGGUGAAAGUAAUGAGAGAACAAGUGGGAAAGCUCGCUCACACGUCUAGAGCUUUUUAUUCGGAGCCUCACGGUGCACUAGGAGAAUAUCUGUCGAAGCUUCUUGGGUGGGACAAAUUCUUGCCGAUGAAUACUGGAGUCGAAGCAGGCGAUACUGCCAUUAAGGUUGCUAGACGUUGGGCUUACAGAGUAAAGAAGAUACCUCCGGAACAAGCAACCGUGGUCUUCGCAAAAGGGAACUUCUGGGGACGUUCUAUAGCCGCGUUGUCUGCAUCUACGGAUUCAAAUUGUUACACCGAUUUCGGACCUUACGUUCCUCGCUUCGACAAAGUACCGUACAACGACCUCAACGCUUUGGAAGAAAAAUUUAAGCAGGAUCCAACUGUUUGCGCGUACAUGAUGGAACCAAUUCAAGGAGAAGCGGGUGUCAUAAUACCGAAUGAUGGCUACUUGAAAGGUGUACGAGACCUGUGCAACAAAUACAAUGUGUUAUGGAUCGCUGACGAAGUACAAACUGGUUUAUGCAGAACGGGCAAACGAUUGGCGGUAGAUCACGAAAAUCAACGGCCGGAUAUUCUCGUGCUAGGAAAGGCAUUGUCUGGCGGAUUGUAUCCUGUUUCCGGUAUUUUAGCGGACGAACAGAUAAUAAUGUGCCUAGAAACUGGAUCUCACGGUAGCACUUUCGGUGGAAGUCCGCUUGGUAACAGAGUCGCUAUAGAAGCAGUUAAAAUUUUAGAGGAAGAAAGUCUUGCGGAGAAUGCGAGUAAGCUUGGGGAAAUUCUACGGAAAGAAUUAGGAAAACUUCCGAAAGACAUAGCGGUAGAAUUUAGAGGUCGAGGUUUAUUGGCUGGUUUAGUAAUUAAUAAAGACUUCGCCGAAGGAUGGGAUAUCUGUUUAAGAUUGAAAGAAGCAGGCUUGCUGUCGAGACCUGCUCAUGGUCAAAUAUUAAGGAUAUCGCCACCACUUACUAUCACGAAAGAACAACUCGAAGAAGGUCUCGAUAUACUCACCACUGUCCUCAGAAAUUACAAAUAA